UUAUAGGACACUAAUAAACAAAUUGACUAAGCCCCACCGUAAAUAAGAUAAUUAAUAUAAUAAUUAAUAUGCCGCUCUUGCAAUUUCCGAAUAUUAUUUCUCCACAAAAAAAUCUUGCUUAUAAUAUUUAUUGUAGGAGGUAUCUCUCAGAAAUUCAGAAUAAAUCUUUGAAGUGAUUAACUACAUUCACGAGCGCUGACUUUUUCGACUAUCGCCUUCUCUGUCACUCGUAAUGUCCGUCUCUCUCCACUUUUCCGAUUCACGCUUGCGCAGAGAGGUUUUUCCCAAAAGAUGCGGGCACUUGAAGCUUCAUAUGCUGAAUAAUUGUAACAGGAUUUUAAACUUCGUUCUGUAUUGUGUUAAAGUUGUGGAACUUGAUUAUAUGUGUUUUUAUAAACGUCUAACUUAUUGCAAUUUUAGUGAUUAGCAAAAUGUUUUUUGUUAUGAUAAAUUAGUCUCUAUUUUUGAAUGAAAAAUUAAAAGGUAUACAAAAUUAAGUAUAAAAAUUAACCUUAAAAUAACCAGAAUAUAAGAUUAUUUAAUCCAUUUUUAUACAUAGAAUGCCUCUCUAUACCUACUCCGAAGUAUCUAUACUCUAGAACUUCUAGAUCUCCUAGGCAAUUUACAAUAGUUACGCAAGAGGGGAUCACUCUACGCAGCUUCGAGCGACGCGCGGACCCGACUCAGCCUCUGGAUCCAGUGAGACCCCGGGCAUCGCCUCUGACAUUAUCGUCAUACGAAUAACCUAAAAACUACGAUGAUUUUCCAUCAAGUGUAUAAGCGCCCUAAUUUAAAAAUAAAACUUUUUGAAAAAGGAACAUUGUAAGUGGCCAGUGCAAGUUUGAAAUUUUAGUGACUUGUGAGACGUUUUUUGUGGAUUAAACGAUUUGGAGUUAUUGUUAUCUGUGACUUGAGUUUGAGUGUUAUUAAUUGAGACUUCAACGCAAUUAUGGAAGCGGAGCGGCGUUAAACAACCAACGAUGAAGUGAGAAGCAAAAAUGACUAACGUCAAACUAAAACUAAUGUUCUUCCUUCUAAAUGCACUACUAACAGCUGACAUAGUACACGCUAGACCAUAUUCUAACAACACUACAGAUGUCUACAUAAAUAAUAAUGAUACUUUUAUUCUGCCUGUAGAACCUAAUUCAGAUACACUAAUAGUAGCUACCGAUAAUGAUGGCCACGCAGAUCAAACAGUUGAAGAAACUAAUAGAAAUUCAAAUACAGAUAUGGAAGAAAUUGUUAACGCUGAGCAAGAUAGAGACGAAGCAUUAUCUAAGAAGAAUAUGAAAGAAAAGGAUAGCGUGUUAGAAAUAAAGAAAGAUGACGCUCCAGGGUUUGAAAAACAGCUAAACAUAUCAAGUUCGUUGAUGGAAGAUAUAAUAGACUCUGAGACUGAUAGAGAUGAAACGCUGACAGAUAUACUUUUCAGACCAGCGUCAGAGCUAGUUGAAGACAUGCCAAGAUUUGAGUUUCUCAUUUCAACAAAGUUAAACGAAACUGAUGUUUAUAACCGGAGCGUUAAGGACGGUUUAAGUGAAAACAGUUUAGAAGGAAGGAAUAGAAGUAGAAAGUUUGACUACGUGGAACUGGUGGAGGUUUUGAGGCCGAAGGGGGACAACAAGAGUGCAUAUUUUGUUAAUAUAACGGGACAUGAGGUCGACAAUGAUUUGGCGCCCGAUACAAUCCUGUCCGUGUUCUCAGGGUUCACGGACCUGCAGACCCUGUUCCUGGCCUGCUUCGCCACGCUGCUGCCGCUGCUGCUGGUGCUCUUCGCGACGCUUUUUAUCAGAUGCCUGUGUCGCCGCUACUGCAAGAAGCCCUCGGACUCCUCGGACUCCGAGAGCAGCGACAACAAAGACACGGCCAGCCAUCAACAGCUCAAGUCACCCAGUGAGGACACCAGGGAUGGAGCACCCGUGGACACCACCCCGGCUAACGGCUCCAUCAUCACCAUGACCUUGAAGAACAACCAUCUUAUUGUUGAGACUGAGGAGAGAAAUGAUAUAACCAAAAACGGGCGCGAGACGAAAAUGAAGUACUCUCCCGACAACGACGGAAUUUUCGUCGUCGAGGUCCAACAGUCUACGGCAUAUCGUCCCAACAACAAGACACUGCAGAACUCUCCCCCUCAUGACCCGCAGAUCUCUACCAAUCAGGCGCUCAUCCACCGAGUGCCAGAAGAACCAGAACCAAAGGAAGAAGAUGAUAACAUCAGUGGAAAAUUAAGAGAAAAGGCCCUCGCCUUAUCAAGUACCGGUCUCUCGAUAUCAGAUCUAAGUAUGUCUUCCAUUGGCUCCCACAACGUCAGCUACUCUUAUGGAAGCCAGAUUGGCUACGAACAAGGACCUUUCGGGUACCCAAUAUACGCAGGAUAUGAUAUACCUAAAGAAGAUAUAGGAGAUGGAAUUAUCCAUGACAGCUCAAGAGAACCUCUCAUUACAAAAACCCCUACAGACCCAGACAAGCCUGUAGUCACAGCAGCUAUAUUCAAACAGGAUUCAAUUAUUGGCAACGAUGCUUUGCAAGGCCCUGGAUAUUGCAUCGAAGGCUCUACUGACGGACCUUUGCUCUCUGACGUCCAAGCUAGGGAAGUCAGCUUACAACAUAUACAUGAUCAAAUGGAGAAAAAAUUAGAAAACGGGACAGCAGUUAUCGUCUCAGAAAAAAUUGAGAGCCCAAAAAAGACUUUCAACAGAGCCGAUAGUCUGCCCGUGCGGUUAGAAGAAGAAAAAGUUCCAGAUGUGAUAGAGAAGAGUGUGGUGAUGGAGACUAUUAAAGAAGACGACGCGCCGUCGAAAGAUGCGUUAAAAGGCAAACGAGCUUCACUUCCUAUUAUAAGAACAGAGAUGUACGAGUCUGUUAAAGAUGCAAUAAAACCCUCAGGUUCUCCUAAAUUUGAGAAGUUUGCCAACGACAUCUCACCGGGAGACACUGAUCUCCCGCCACCGAUGAUCACCAUAACUGAGGAAGAAUCUGGCAAGUCUGAAAAUGGUAGUUAAUUAAGUUUUGAAAUUCCUAAAUUUUAUCUAUGUAAAUAGAUGUAAGUUAACUUGUGAUUAGAAAAAGAAAGAUUUCAAUGAGUGAUCGGUACCAAAGUAUUUUAGGAAAGAGUACGUAAUGAAAACACGUUGCCUAGUGUACGUAGCAUCUAAGUAGUCUUCGUAUUUUGAUUUUCUUUUCUUUGAAGAUAAUCAAACAUUACUUUGUCAAUUUAAUCAAGUAAAUACUGUUGGGGAUUCUCAAGUGUAAUAGGGACUAAGUUGUAAAGAUUUGAUAUUAAAAUACUGGAUAUAAGAAUCUCAACUCACAGUAUGAAAACAGACUUGAAGACUUUCUUUACUCUAGGCAAUUGCGUGGUACAGAUAAAAAUGAGAUAAAAAAAUAUAGUAAAGACUUUUUCUCAAGAAACUCUGAGUAUUAAAAUUCGAAAAUUAUUUCAAAUGCAAAAAUAAACUGAUAAAUUGUGUAUGAAUUAGUCGAAGACAAAUUAGCAGCCCAUUUUGUAGAUAUUGAAUGUAAACUAGGUUAUUAUCAAAAUAUUUAAAGUUAUAAUAGUAGGUAGCGAUCUGAAAGAAUAUAUAGAUUGCGUUGUUGAUUUCUGAUCCCGUUUUAUUUUUAUCAUUAAUAGAUACAUUCAUCUGCUGGCAUAUACAAGAUAAUAACCUUAUACCAAUAAAAGCCAAACUAAAAGAAAAAUUGUAUCGCGAUGGCAAUGUUACGAAAACUUAAGUGACUCGUUGAAACAUUUGCCGUCCCAAUGCAAUAGGUACUAAAGUUUAGUUUAACAUAUUCUAUCAACAAUUAUCAUCUUGGCUAGACCUCCUUAUGUGUUUGAAAUAAGGUUAACGAUUCCACAUUUUAACAGGAAAGAUGUGGAGAUUUUUGUGGUGAAGUCACUGUUUUUAAUGUCUGCAGAAAUUAAUACGAAAUAAAUUGCAUAAAGCUACGUCUGCGAACGAUACAAAAAAAAAAAUAUAUUUAAAAAGGAAGAAAUUAAAAAAAUUGCUUCCUUCCUGAUAAUCUUCGGUUUCUUAGUUGGUAAGAGUCACAAGUUCGAGUCUUGCACAAAGCGGAUUUUUUUUUACGUACUUUACAUACCUUAUGUAAUUAUUUGAACUAUUUUGAUAUAUCUCUCAUCAGUAUUUUAUAUUACAGUACAUAUGGUGCUACUUUAGCGCGCUAGUGCGAAAAUUAGCAUAUUACGUUACUGUGUCGAACAUUUAAAGGGCCAUAUGUACUGUAAAACGUUGUACGAUACAUGUGCGAAUAGGUAAUUCGCAACUCCUAUCGAUUUAAAACACUCCCUUCGGUCGUGUUUUAAUUUAUCGCCACUCGAUUCUAAUUUCCUAUUUUUCGCACUUGUAUCGUAAUGUACUAUUGAACUAUAAAUGACGAUGGCAAUUAGAACAAAACAACUUUAUACAAUACAGUAACUUUAUUAGACUUUUCACAUGUAAUAUUUGUAAUUUAAUAAAUAAAUAAAUAUGAAUACAUACAGAUAUUAUUAACGGUGACAAAUUAGUUUUUUUAUAGUUAGAAAUUAAUAAUAUUUUGCUGCUUGAAUGUGGUAACAUGCAUUUUAAUGUAACAAAAAUUAUGUGUGAUGCAUUAACUGAGACAUUCCCAUAUAAGUUUUAUAGCUCAAAAUGUCAUUAAUCAUGUGAAUUUGUAGUUAGAUUAUAAAUAACUUUAGUUUCAUAAUUGUUCAAAUUCUAAAGUAGUUCCUUAUGGCUCACGUUCUUUCCCUUUUUGUCUAGUUCUAGAUGCCUAAUGUAAAUUAAUAAGUGGAAGAUUGUUGUUUUCUUGAUUACUGGUUACUUCAAAUUUGUUCGUAGGUAUUACAUUUUUACCUGUACAAGUAAUUGUAGGCUUUAUGAUUUUAUUCGGAGCUUUUUUGUCAAUUACCAGAUUUCUAUUAUAUGGCAAGUUACAUUUCUUUAUUACAUCACCUAUUCGAAAAAGGGUUUUUUUUUUCAUCAAAGUUGCACGUUUCUGUUUUAGGACAUGUUUUUUUUUUGUUUUUUGCAUAUUAUUUUUAAGUUUAAAUAAUCUUUUGAAACAUAAUAAUUUUCUCAUAGAUGAUGUGAUAAUGAAUAUGUGUCACAUGGUUGCAAAAUAUUUCUACUAUACGCUUAGGAUUAUAUUUUAGAAACAAUUCAAUUAUAGAAACCUUCGCUUCGUUCAGGAUUCAAUGUGCGCCCUCGCCGUAAAUAUAUCAUUUUACUCCCUUGUGACACAAUCUACUAUUAUGGCCGCUCGAUGCGUUUGCGCUUUUCAUAGGUUAUACCAGUGGUCAGGUGAGCAAAGUACGGCUCGCGGGCCAGCUUCGGCCACCUGCCAGUCCUAUAAGACUAUAUAAGACUCUCGACAUAACGAUUUCAAAUCAAAAUGCGUUAUUCCGCAGUUCUGGACCUCCUUGGAUUUUUUUUUCUGGUCCCCCAUGAAGAAAGUUUGCCCACCACUGGGUUAGGUAUACACAUAGAUGGAAUGUGUUUUCGACUUGAUGUAUUUUUUUUCUUGAUUGCUACACUUUUCAUUGCAGAUUUUUUAAAUUUACGCUCAAAUUUUAGCGGUCAAAAUAGUCAAUAUUUUAGCGAUAUUCGACACGUUUAAAAUAGUACAUUACGAUACAAGUGCGAAAAAUAGGAAAUUCGAAACGAGUGGCGAUAAAUUAAAACACGACCGAAGGGAGUGUUUUAAAUCGACACGAGUUGCGAAUUACCUAUUCGCACAUGUAUCGUACAACGUUUUACAGUACAUAUGGCCCUUUAAAUGUUCGACACAGUAACAUAAUAUGCUACUUCUCGCACUAGUGCUAUAAAGUAGCCCCAUAUGUACUGUAAAUAUAUUUUCGAGAUACUUCAUUGACGGGAAUCUGGUACCUUAAUAGAAUCUUAUAUCUAAAUACAUGUUUCAUUAAAUCUGUAUUUAUAUUGUUUAAAACCGUCUCCAUUUACCUAUCUGAACAAACAUAAGUAAAAUUAGACUUAAAUUUGUUAUAAAAUAAGUAAAUAUAAUGGAGGAAUUGAAUUUUAUCUAUAAAAGGUAAAAAUAAUUUAAAUGAAAUGUUAUGAACUCGCUAUUUUUAAUAAGUUUUUAUUAUAAGGCAAAGGCAUGUUUGAAUUUUCAAAGAUAUUUAUGAUUAUAAAAAGGUCCUUAAUGUUUAUCUAUACAUAAACUCUAACAUCAAUUGGCUUUCACACUCAGUAUGUACGUAAAGAAAAUAAAAUGCCCAGAUUUUUUUAUUGUGUCCCACUGCUGGGCAAAGGCCUCCCCCCCCUCUUCUUCCACUCGUCUCGGUUUUGAGCUACGACCGGCCAGUCUCUCAAAAAGGAGUCUAAGUUAUCCCGCCAUCGCCGACGAGGUCGGCCGGAUCCCCAGUUUGAGUCGCAGGGCACCCACUCCGUGGUUAUCUUGGUCCACAAGUUAAAAGAAAUGUCUAAAAAAAUAUCAAUAAAAUAAUACGAACAUAAAAAACAGUUCAAUUGACAAGUUUUUUUAUAAAAAUUUGGUAAGAUACGGUCCGAAUUGCGAAUACUACUAUUUGUCAACUAUAGUAGAGAUCGUUAAAAGUAGAAUUAUUUAUGUUCCGUAUUGUAUAAUAAAUACUUUUACAGUACAUAUUGUGCUACUUUACCGCACUAGUGCGAAAAUUAGCAUAUUACGUUACUGUGUCUAACAUUUAAAUGGCCAUAUGUAAUGUAAAACGUUGUACGAUACAUGUGCGGAUAGGUAAUUCGCAACUCGUGUCGAUUUAAAACACUCCCUUCGGACGUAUUUUAAUUUAUCGCCACUCGUUUCGAAUUUCCUAUUUUUCGCACUUCUAUCGUAAUGUACUAUUUCAUUAAAUACUUAUUACGAUCGAAUACUCGUAGGGCAGGGGUUCCCAAUCUUUUUCAACAUGCGGCGCAGUUACAAGUGUAGUAUUUUGCAACGGCGCCCUUGUAAAUUUAAAAUCACGGUCGAAAAAGAGUUACACGACGCUAUAUUAUUUACCGAUGCGAGCGCUCAAAUAGGCACCCGCGAAUAUUUGUGGUUUUGGAUAAUGAUAGAACUCACGGCGCCCCUCUUUACUUUCUACGGCGCACCAGGGCGCCGCGGCGCACACUUUGGGAACCCCUGUCGUAGGGUGUUUUGGAACGAUGCGGUCCGACUUAUUUCGGGGGUGUAUUAUAAACCGUCAAUAUACCAUUGUAUUACGUUUGAACUUAUUUUUGUCUCUUUCGCAUUAAAUAUCGCAUCAAAUUGCAUCGCAUUUUACUCACUGUUUUUAAGCAGAAAGUUACCCUUGUUCGAGCUGCUGAGAUGAAAAAAUUCAAAACAACGUUUGAUGACUAAUUUAAACAUUUUAAACGUUAAGGAUCUUUUGAGUAAAUUAUGCAUUAGCAUAUAAUAAUGUAGAUAUAUUAUAUCUUUGGUUUUAGAUUUAGAGCCGUCCGCAAGAAUCGAACAUUUUCUGUGCCAAAACAAAAAGUAUAUACUUUAUUCAGUAUUAAAUAUGAAUUUAUAUUGCAGAAUUGUUUGAGUAUGAAUCUCAUAGGUAGAUUUAACGAUUAUUCGUAUUAGAUAUUUUAUUUGCAUAACUAAUGUAAUACCUAUUUUGUUUAUAGUUACUUUUAUAAAUAAAUUUGAAGUAAUUUGCAAAAUAAA